AUGCAGAAUGGAACAAUUAAUGCUUUUCAUAAUCAUAACCGGGAUCACAGGUGCAUUCAACCCUUGCCCGCACCUGUCACUGGCAUUGUCACUGUUACUGUCACUGCCAUUGUCUCUCCGUUGUCUGACCCUAUCAUUGUCACUGUCCCUGUCACUGUCCUUGUCACUGCACUCAUGACAGCAACAGCCCGUAUUGCCAGGGUCUGCAGUGUGGGAAAAGGCUGCCCUGCGUUUGCUCUUCGUAUCAAAUGUGGUUCGCAUGAAGCUACCCAUGCCAGCAGGGGAUUUGAAAUCAGAGUCACCUUCUCUUAUCCUGUAUGCCUGCUAGGCUUGUGGCCGGACAGGAAGCUUGCCAUACAGCUAGCGAGGAGAACCAGGCCUUCCAGUAGGGACAUGUCCUUAGCCAGAGGGCCCUUGCUGGGGAGGCACGAGACGCCCCCCGGGAGGCCCGAGACCCCCCUGGGAGGCCCGAGACGCCCCUCAGGAGGCCCGAGACCCCUCAGGAGGCCGAGCCCCCUCGGGGGCCCGGACCCCCCUCAGGAGGCCGGGAGCCCCCGGGGGCCCGAACCCCCCUCGGAGGCCGAGCCCCCUCGGGGACCCCGAGACCCCCUCAGGAGGCACGAGACGCCCCCAAGGCCCGAGACGCCCUCAGGAGGCCCGAAAAACCCCCUCGGGGGGCCCGAGACGCCCCUCAGGAAGACCCCCCCCGGGGGGAACCCCCUCAGGAGCCCGAACGCCCCUAGGGCCCGAGACGCCCCUCAGGGGGCCCGGGACCCCCUCAGGAGGCCCAAAAAGACCCCCCUCAGGGGGCCCCGAGACGCCCUCGGGGGCCCGAGGCCCCUAAAGGGGGCCCCCGAACGCCCCUCAGGACCCCGGAAAAGCCCUCGGGGAGGCCCGAACCCCCCUCGGGCCCCCGAGACCCCCCUCAGGGGCCCGGACGCCCUCAAGGAGGCCCAGACGCCCCUAGGAGGCCCGAAAACCCCUCGGACCCCCGAGCCCCUCAGGGCACGAGAAGCCCCCAGGAGGCCCGGAGCCCCUCGGGAGCCCAGACCCCCCUCGGAGGCCGAGCGCCCCUGGGAAAAAAGGCCCGAGGACCCCCCCUCGGGGCCCGAACGGGGGCCCCGGAGCCCCUCAGGAGGCCAAAAACCCCCGGGGCCCCCCCUCAGGAGGCCCGAGACGCCCCUAAAGGGGGCCCCGGAGAACCCGAGGCGCCCCUCAGGGGGCCCAGACGCCCUCAGGAGGCCCGAGACGCCCCUAGGAGGCCGGACGUUGGGGGGGGCCCCUCAGGAGGGGCGUCGGGGGGGAGGCCCCUUAAGGGGCCCCCCUGGGCCCCCCCCUCAGGGGGCACGAAAAAGCCCCUCAGGACCCGAGACGCCCCUCGGGAGGCCCGAGCCCGCCCCUCAGGAGCCCGUGCCCCUCAGGACCCGAGACGCCCCUCAGGGGCCCGGACGCCCCCCAGGGGGCCCGAGACGCCCUCAGGAGGCCCGAGACCCCCCUCGGAAGGCCCGAGCGCCCCCAGGGGCCCGUGACCCCCCUCGGGAGCCCCAAAACCCCCCCCAGGAGGCCCGAGACCCCCCCCAGGAGGCCCGUAAACAAAGCCAAGGGAUUAUCUGA